GCACCUGCCCAAACGCCUGCAUUACGCCAACAACAGACGCAUCGAGGACGUGCACCUGCUCAUGGACAGGAAGUGGCAUGUGGCAAUAUCUCCUGCUACCUGUGGCUUCUUUGGAGAUCAUGGCUAUGACAACAAGAUCAACAGCAUGCAGACAAUCUUUCUGGGAUUUGGACCGAGCUUCAAUUUUAAGACAGUAGUGCCUGUUUUUGAGAACAUCGAGCUGUAUAACAUCAUGUGUGAUCUGCUGGGUUUGACUCCAGCUCCUAAUAACGGGACUCACGGAAGUCUGAAUAGUGUGUUGAGGAAGCCCUCCUACACCCCCACACGGCCAGAGGAAGUGACAUCACCCACACCUUUAGCCCCGCCCACUGAGGUGACCCAUAACCUGGGCUGUAACUGUGAUGAUGAGAACAACAUUGAAGAACAUUCCCAGAGGUUUCCUUCUGCUGCAGACAGUGGAGCGUUGAACAAUGUCACACACCUGCCCUUUGGCCGUCCAGCUGUUCUCUUCCAGACGUCGUACACACAGCUGUGUCACUCAGAUUAUUGCAGCGGCUUCAGUCUCGUCCUCAACAUGCCCCUGUGGAGCACCUUCACACUCACAGCACAGGUGGAGGCUCCGGCGUCCUCGUCCAGCGAGUGUGUGAGAGCAGACCCUCGUCUCGAUCACACACACACAUGUAACAUGUACAGCCAGCAGGCCGGCGUCACACACGCGUUCCUCUACCCACCGGAUCUCUCUGCUACGGCUGAAUCCAGAUAUGAAGCUUCACUCAUCACAAACACGGUUCCCAUGUAUCCCGCCUUCAAGAGGGUGUGGAGUUUCCUGCAGAGAGUCGUCCUCAGGAGAUACAGUCUGGAGAAUAAUGUCAUAAAUGUGAUGAUGGGACCCAUAUUUGACCACGACCACGACGGUCUGAGAGACACAGAGGAGAAGAUCAAAGAACACACACUGGGCUCCGUCUUCAUCCCCACACACUUCUACAGCAUCAUCAGCAGCUGUGAGAAACUCAACGAGACGCUGGACGAGUGUGACGGAGAUCUGAGAGUCACCUGCUUCAUCCUGCCACACAGAGACGACAACAGAGAGAGCUGCAACAGUUUGGAAGACGAGUCUCUCUGGGUGGAGGAUCUGCUGAAGUUACACUCGGCUCGAGUGCGAGACGUGGAGCUGCUCACGGGUCUGGACUUCUACCGCUCCGCCGCGCCGCCGUACACGCGUGUGCUGGCGCUCAAAACACACAUGCAGACCUUCGAGGACGACGUGUAACCAGACGUCUAACACACCGCAGCCUAUAGUUUUAUUCACUGUCUCAUAUUUAUUAUUCACCUUCAAGCUAAUAAAGAAAGCUCGAACACACUGCAGC